CGGAUCACGUGAUCCGGGCUCCAUCGUCGCCAUUUUGAAGCGGUGGCCGGAGGUAUUAUGGAAGAAGGAAGCAGCAUUGCAGUAUUGAUGCCAAAUAUUGGGGAGCAGGAGGCUGUGCUGAUUUCUGAAACAGUCAUUGGCCCAACACUGCAGAGCAGCGAAGACCAGAGAAAAUGUAAAACUGACCCCCUGAUCCACGUGAUCCAGAAGCUGAGCAAAAUAGUGGAAAGUGAGAAGUCACAAAGAUGCCUUUUAAUAGGAAAGAAACGUUCCCAUGCUGAUGCUUCUGCGCAGUCCUUGGAUGCAGAGGAGCUUUGUGAAAUCCCGGCUAAAGCAAUCGAGCUCUCAGUGAUUGCUACCAAAAAGACUGAAGAGUUACAAGCAGAUUAUUUUAUGACUGAAUGUCUUCCUCAAAGCAAAAAAAAGGUGACGUGCUACCAGUGUGGUCUCUGCACAUUUCUAUCGCCUUCACUCUUAACUCUACAAGAACAUAUAAAACAACAUGGGCAGAAAAAUGAAGUGAUAUUAAUGUGCUCAGAAUGUUAUUUUGCCUCCAAAAGCCAAGAAGAACUUGAAUCCCACUUCCAAAAUCACCAUGAGAAUGCUGGUAAAAACAGCAUCCAGACAAAAGUGCAGCAGUGUGUCAAUGUCACAAGUUCAUUUUUGCAAGGGCCAGUGGAAGGAAGUGUCAAAUCAGGGACUGAUCAGACAGGAAAUCUGGAAUGUAAGGAUACAACUCAGUCUGCUCCUGUGCCUGAAAUGGGUAAGAGGAAAUGGUACACCUACGAGCAGUAUGGCAUGUACAGGUGUUUGAUUUGCAGGUACACCUGUGGUCAGCAGAGGAUGUUGAAAACACAUGCUUGGAAACAUGCGGGGGAGGUUGAUUGUUCCUACCCCAUCUUUGAGGAAGAAAAUGAAACCACCAGCUUGUCAGAAACAGUUGUAACUCACACACCUCAUAGUCUGGAUACAGUUGUCCUUUCUUUGGAAAACCAACUUGAUAUCCAUAGUGAGCCUUCUGUUCAACUUCAGAUUUGCAAUUCUGAGCAACUGUCAUGUAAAUCACCCAUAGGAGCAAAUGUAAAAGAGGAAGAGAUAUUAAGUGACUCCGUGGUGCAUUCUCCUACUACAGAGGUUGUAGAGGAGACUGUAUCAGAUACAGAACCCGACAAUUUGAUAACUGACAGCCUGCUGUCAUCAGCACAGAAAAUCAUCAGUUGUAGCCCAAAUAAAAAGGGUCACAUUAAUGUCAUAGUGGAGCGUUUGCCAGGUGCUGAAGAAAGUGUUUUACAAAAGCCAUUUUUAAUGAACACUGACAUUGAAACAGAAAAAAAAUUGAUCUCAGAGGAGUCGUCUGUUACCUGUGAAGAACCUGAUGAAGUUUAUCAUUCAGAUGCAAUUCAAGAAGUAAUAAUAGAAUGGAAUAACACCGAGAAGAAAGAUAGUGAAUUAAGUGCUAAUAAAAAUGUAACAGCUGAUGAAAAUGUGCCUCCUACACGAAGGAGGACAAAUUCAGAGUCUUUGCGACUGCACUCCUUAGCAGCAGAAGCUCUUGUUACAAUGCCAAUUAGAGCUGCAGAAUUGACACGGUCCAGCCUCAGGGCUCUGACUGGAGAAGAUGCUGUGGAUGCAGGUGCAGGACAGGGCACUGAUGGCCCAUGCAUGGCUCAUUCUAAAGUGGUGUCCUCACUUAAGGAUCCUUCAGAGGAGUUCAGUGGCUUAAACCAAAGUGAAUGUGCAAUAGUUGAGAUAAAGAAAGAGAGACCAGAGUUAUCAGCAGCACCAAUUAAAAUGGGCAUCAGUAUGUCACUGCUGACUGUCAUUGAAAAACUGAAGGAGAGGACAGACCAGAACGCUUCUGACGAUGACAUCCUGAAAGAAUUACAGGACAAUGCCCAGUGCCAAAACACCAGUGACACAGCUGUGGCUGGGAGCAACCUGGUGGAGUUCAUGCCCAGCGCCGAGCGGCCGUACCGCUGCCGCCUCUGCCACUACAGCAGCGGCAACAAGGGCUACAUCAAGCAGCACCUGCGGGUGCACCGCCAGCGCCAGCCCUACCAGUGCCCCAUCUGUGAGCACGUCGCUGGUGACAGCAAGGGCCUGGAGAGCCACAUGAUCAACCACUGCAAAGCUCGUAUGUACCAGUGCAAGCAGUGCCAGGAGUCCUUCCACUACAAGAGCCAGCUGCGAAAUCAUGAAAGAGAACAACACAGUCUUCCAGAUCUCUUCUCUACAGCUACAGCUAACAAACUAACAGUUUCCAAUGAAGCAGAUGAUAGAGAAGGAGGCAAGUCUUCAGUUCAGAAGCUGUUCAGGUGUGAUGUCUGUGACUACACAAGCACAACGUACGUGGGUGUCCGGAAUCACCGCCGGAUCCAUAACUCGGAUAAGCCAUACAGAUGUCGCGUGUGUGACUUCGCCACCACAAAUAUGAAUAGCUUGAAGUGCCACAUGAGGCGGCACCCCCAGCAGCAUCAGGCAGUGCAGCUCUUGGAACAGUACAAAUGUUCUCUCUGUGGAUAUGUAUGUAGCCAUCCUCCAUCCUUGAAGUCCCACAUGUGGAAACAUGCAAGUGACCAAAAUUAUAACUAUGAACAAGUGAACAAGGCAAUUAAUGAUGCAAUUUCACAAAGCAGUAGGCUUCAAGGACAGCUCACUGACAAAACCUUAUUAGAAGGCACAGAUGAAAGUACAGUACCUAUACUAGGAAGUUCAGACAACUUGGUGUCUUUUACAGAGUCAAUUAACCAGACUACAAAUGAAAUUUCAGGUUCUGAUGAAAAUGAAAAACCUAGCUUGAUGAAUACCUCAUGCAGUUUAGAAAAGAACUCCACUCUACCCCAUCUUGGCACAGAAUACUGUGUUCUUCUCUUCUGCUGCUGCAUUUGUGGUUUUGAGUCCACCAACAAAGAAAAUCUGCUGGAUCAUAUGAAAGAACAUGAGGGUGAAAUCAUAAACAUCAUUCUAAACAAGGACCACAACACGGCUCAGAAUACAAACUAGGUGAAGCAGUAAGUUAAGAGAGUGAAUAUUUUCUUUCUUUGCUAAUUUUUGCCUGACAAACUUGCUAAAGAGAAGAAUUGCAAAGCAAAACUUGAUUUCCUAUCCUGAGUUCUUGUUUCAGUAGGAGUACAGUGUUUUAACCAUGGACUGAUGAAUCAUUUAAGAGAUAAAUAUAAGGUGUGGAGAAUAGAUCAAUCCAUUUUAACCUGUUACUUCUUCAUAAGGUGCCAAGAAUGUAGGAUUGUUGUUCUUUCUUUUCCAGUCAGGUAGUAGUCAGUAAUAAUGCAUUAGAACAGUACUUUAAAACUCAAAGGUGUGAAAGCUUUGAAUCACUUGAAAAGCUUUUUUCUUCCUCCCUCUUUGUUGUUUUCCAAGUAAUUCAGCAAAGAAAGUUUUUACCCUGGUUUUUGAAAGAUGAUCUGGCAACAGAUCAGAUAAAACUGUUACAAUAUGAUCUGCUAAAACCCCCUGCCUGCCUUCUGGAAGGUGGGGAGAGGGGAGGUGGGCCUGGACACAUGUGUUGUAUGCACACACAGGAGUUCCAUUUUUCUGUUUUUAAGGCUUUACAAACUCCCAAGUUAUUUUCCAACAAAGAUUGCCAUCCUUUCCAUCGAUUUAGAGCAGCAGGAGGUGAAGGACCUAGAAGCAUUUUGUUAAUAACUAUUUGUUUGAUUGGAUCCUAACUACAAAACUGCUAUCUUUUCAAUUCAUAGUGUGUAACAGCUUAUUUUUAUAACAAUAACCUGUUGUUUCUUCAUGGUUUUCUUGACACAUUCAGAUGAAUUAUUUUUAAAAAGAAAAGUUCAUAAUGUCACUUUCCAUUUGUGGUGAUUACUUUGCAGUAUGGAUGAGCAAUGCUUUUAAUGAGAAGAAGAUUUUAACAGUAAUUGCCACAAAUUGAUGUAAAUUAAACCUAUGUAGAUUCCAAAAGAUGUAGGUGAGCACAAAUUGGGAUUUUCAGGAACACCUACAUGCUUUGGCAGUCUUUGAAAUGCCACUGGCUGGCCAAAUUUCCCACUUGUCUGUCAGAGCUGUAACUGUAGAAAUAAUGAGCUGAAAGAUAAUCUUCCUGUAGAAAAUCAUAUUUUAAAAAAGAAAUUACAAACAAUGUCUUAAGCCAAAACAGUAACAGAAGGCACAGGUUCAUGAAGUACCACAAAAUGUAGAGGUCAGGGUAAAAGCAUCAAGACUUCAAGUAUAUUUGAUGUUUGUUUUCAAGAGAUUUCCUGAAUUUUACUUCUUCUUUUGGAUUAAAUAGGUAUUAUUUUGUUUAUAAAUUACGUAGCAGAAAGUACACAUUUAAGUUGAAGAAUUGGUCAGGAUAUAAGGUCAAAGCAUUUUUGUGUUGAAUUUUUGAGAUAUUUUAAAUACAUAUGUGAAGUUAAUUAUACAUUAUUUUCACUUAAUAGUUAUUUUUCAUAUUCCUACAGAUGGAUUUUACAUUUGAAAAACACAUUAUUUAUUUACAUGAUCCCAAAUUCCAGUGAAGAUAAUGAACUUUUACUGGGAUAUUCAUGUUGUCUUACUGACACUGCUAUUUUACCUUCAGUAUAGAAUUAAUGUGAAAAUACUGCAUCAUCUGGAAUAUAUCUCAACUUUCUCACUCAGAAAUCCCAUCUGUUGAAAGAAUUAAAGGACAGAGAGAUCCCUAGUAAUGCUAAACUACCAGCCAGUAUUCACAGAAACAAUAUUUACCACACUUUUAUUUUUAUGUAAUUAUGUUAAAGUUGCUCAGCUACUGAAAGAUAAAAAAGGAGAAACUCGCAUUCGUAAGCUAAGAAUGAGAAGGCAAUGAACCAAAAUUUCAAAAACCAGUAAAAUAAUCGUGAAUCAGCAUGGACAGCUCUGGUGUGUGUGGAAGCCACACUUGCAGCGUUCUGUGCAGUGCACCAGGAAUCAGUGUCACAGAAUUCCAAAGCAGGAUGUGUCCGUUCACUGUUGUUCUUUGCCAUCUUGUUGCUCUGUUCUUUUUGACCAUGUGUUCCUGUAAAACAGAAAGCUAUUUGCCUCUAAAACCAUUAUCUGUCCUGACAAAUGCGAACAAAAAUUCUUUUCCAUAUGCACAGAGAUUUACUUUUUUUAGCUGUCUCCAUGCUGCUUGUAAUUAGUUACCCACUCACAAUUCCCAGGGGCUUUGUCAGAAGUCCUGCAUGUGAAAUAAUUAUAGACUUAGUUUUUCUGAAAGCAAAUUGUUUCUCAGGUUGUCUGCUUUCAAAAGUGUAUGGCUGGCUUAGUUGCAUGUCUUGUAAGGGGUUUUAAGAACAUUUCAAAGUCACUAACACUGCAAAUUUCCCCUUUCUUUAAGCUUUCAAACUAUUUUUGUCUCUUGGGUCACAGCACUACCAGGUGAUCAGCUAUUCACGUGCUAUUUGUUUAAAUUAGAUUUUAUUCUGUGAUACAAACUGUAACUUGCAGCCUUGUUUGCAAUGUCUGUACUUCCACUAAAGAGAAACUUCAUUCAUAUUUGGCUGGACUGAAAAAUGGGUGCAUAUUUCAUCUUCCUGAUUUAUGCUUGACAGGGAAAAAUAGAGUGAGAUUCAGUCAGAGUUAUGGUAUUUUCCUCUUUCAUAAGCACUUAUUUAAUCAUUUGAAGAAAUGUACAGUUGGUGCUCAAAGUAACAUUUGUUAAGAUAUAUUUAAUAGAAAUUUACAUUUGCAUUUGAUAUUCAUGGACAUGGGUACAUGUAUUUUUUUAAGAAAAGGUAUUGUAACACUAUGGCACUGCUUUUAUAGCCAAAGUAUAAAAAAUUUAGAAAACUGACAUGUAAAGACUGCAGUUCAUUCUGAUACUGUAUCUUAUUAAAUAGGAUGAGUUUUGUUUGAUAAAGUUAUACAGCACAUUAAGCUGCAUGCCUUAAGCUCUCUCUAGGAUUGUGUUCCUGAUAGACAACUCUUUGGAAGGAUGAAGCAAAGUCUGUAGUACUACUUUAACUACCUUCUGGAAUACUGUACAAUGGUAGAAUAAUUUAUUUUGCUUUACAGGAGUUUGUCACGUAUUGACUUUAAUAUUGUAUUUUGGUAAUAAACUUUUUUUUGUUAAA